GGAGUCAGAAUUCGAAUUUAAACUUUAUAAAUUAGGUAUUUGAAUCUUAUCAAUAUCUUAUGUAAAAUGCUUGUAUUCUUAAAGUUCAUUUAGCAAAUGAAAAGCAAAUCAAGUAAUUUUCUUAAAAUGACAAAACUAAUUAAUUAUAUCGGUCCCCAAAUUCUUUAAGAUGAGUGAACUGAAUUUCCUAGAGGAAUAUCCACAGAGGCCGUGAAAUAAAUUCUCGAAGUGCCCUGCAACUGUUACUCUCCGAAUAGUCUCGUUUUAUCCGAAUAAAAUCCUUAAACGUGUAUCAACCUCCUUCACAAACAUGAAACAACACCCACUUCUGUCUAAACUUUACCCACUGCCCUUCGCACUUCCUCUUCCACUCUUCUCCUUGAGAAUACGAACACAGUAACAUGUCCUUCUGCUGCUGCUGCUGCUUCCUUCUCCCUCCAAACCCUGACUCAUGGCUCAAUCUUCGAAUCAUUCAAAGCUCUCCCUCUCUUCCAACUUCACCCCCAAUCCCCUCCUCAAGUUACACCCCAACUCCUUCUUUCCUACCAAACUCAAACGACCGCCAUCUUUCAAGAUCCUUUCCUCUCUUUCCCCACCACCACCGCCUCCAAACUCAAAGGCCACCACGAAUAAAACAAUGAAUCUUGUCUCCCUUCUCCAUGCUAUCCCAGACUGGGCUGAUCGUAUUCAGGAGCGUGGAAUGCGACAGAAUCGUGCUCUUUAUAACCAUGAAAAUUGGGUUUAUCAUAGAAGUUCACUGCGUCACCUUCGACAUUUACUUUCCAGUUUACAAUCACGUGUCAUCUUAUCAUUGGUGCCACCUGUUUUAGCCUUUACUUCGGUAGCUGUGGUCAUUGCCAGUUACAACACUGCCGUGGAUUUGCAUUGGUUACCUGGGUUUUUCCCUGUUUUGAGAGCUUCGUCGUUGCCUUAUCAGUUGACAGCGCCUGCAUUGGCUUUGCUGUUGGUUUUUAGAACUGAGGCCUCGUAUUCAAGGUUUGAAGAGGGAAGGAAGGCUUGGACUAAGGUAAUUGCUGGUACAAAUGAUUUUGCAAGACAGGUAAUUGCUGGGGUUGAGAAUUCAAGUGAUGAGUCGAUCAAAAGUGCUCUCUUGCACUAUAUUAUGGCUUUUCCUGUUGCACUUAAGUGUCAUGUUAUGUAUGGCUCGGAUAUUGGCAGAGAUCUUCAAAAUUUGCUUGAAGUAGAUGAUUUGGUGGUGGUACUGAAUUCCAAGCAUCGGCCCCGCUGCAUAAUUGAGUUCAUUUCUCAAACCCUUAAAGUGCUGAACUUAGAAGAAUCAGAGAGAGCUUUGUUGGAGUCAAAGAUCUCAUGUUUCCAUGAAGGAAUUGGUGUAUGUGAACAACUCAUGGGUAUUCCUAUCCCUGUAUCAUACACUCGCUUGACCUCCAGGUUUUUGGUCCUUUGGCAUCUUACUCUUCCUAUCAUACUCUGGGAUGAUUGCCAUUGGAUAGUUGUUCCUGCUACCUUCAUAAGUGCUGCUUCCUUGUUCUGCAUAGAAGAAGUUGGUGUUCUUAUCGAGGAGCCAUUUCCAAUGCUAGCCCUUGAUGAGCUUUGCAGCGUGGCGCAGAACAACAUUAAUGAAGCAAUUGCAACAGAAAAGGUUAUACAAGCAAGGUUAAAUGGAAAAAGGAGGAGGCGUUCCUACAAGCAUUCACCUAAUGGUUGUCCCAACACACAGUGAACAGGAAAUUUUUGCG